AUGGCCUCGAAGAAUCGGGACCUGGCUGCUGCUAGCGCUGCUGCUGGGGCGGGCGCGGCCCGCGGGUCUGUGGGCAAGAGGUUACAGCAGGAAUUGAUGACCCUAAUGAUGUCUGGAGACAAAGGAAUUUCUGCCUUCCCAGAGUCAGACGAUCUCUUCAAGUGGGUUGGGACCAUCCAUGGGGCAGCUGGGACAGUAUAUGAAGACUUAAGGUACAAGCUCUCCCUGGAGUUCCCCAGUGGCUAUCCAUAUAAUGCUCCCACUGUGAAAUUUGUCACACCUUGUUACCAUCCUAAUGUGGACACCCAAGGCAAUAUCUGUUUGGACAUCCUCAAGGACAAGUGGUCAGCUCUGUAUGAUGUCAGGACCAUCUUGCUGUCUAUCCAGAGCUUGCUGGGAGAACCCAACAUUGACAGCCCAUUGAACACACAUGCUGCUGAACUUUGGACAAACCCUACAGCCUUUAAAAAGUACCUGCUGGAAACCUACAUGAAGCAGGUGACUAGCCAAGAGCCCUGA